AUGACCAUCGAGCGUGAUUUGAAAUCUGUAAUUCAGAAUCUGAAGCGAUCUAAGCUAGAAGAAGAAGACAGAGACUCUGCAUCUCCAUCGCUUCAGAAGAAGCCGAAAGCGAAUAAUUGCUUCGGUGGUACCGAGGACUUGAUCGGAGGUUCUCUCUGUGGAUCCACUGAAGGAUUCAAUUGCAGUGCUGGUGGCGGUGGUGGUGGUGAGGUUCAUUCCAAUUCCGAUCCUGAUUUCAGUUCCAAUUCAAAUUCGGCUUUGAUGGAGUUGAAUGCUGUUAGUGGAGAAGCUCCUUUGUUGCCGCGAUCAUCGAGAGGUCGCGUUCAGAAGCUUCCGACUAAGUUCAAUGAUUCGGUACUUUUCGAUUCACGGAAGAAGAAUACUAAUGGAGGAAUCAAAAGAUUUGGAUUAGGGUUUGAAGUUGGUAACAGUUCGCGAGAGAGUGGAUCGGGAUUUGGGAAAAAAGGGAAGGAAAUCAAAUGUGAUUCGAAAACAGAGAGUGAUAAUGGAUUUUAUGAGUUUGGCUGUGACAAGAAUGCUGAGUCCUUUAAGAGCAUUAAAACAACGGUGAGUGGGAGUCGUUUGCCGUUGGUUAAAACAGAGAGUGAAAAUGGUUUUGAUGAGAAGGGUAAAAAGGAGGAAGAGGUUUUCGAGCUUGAGGAAUUUGGUUUGGGUGAUAUGGUUUGGGUAAAAUGUGGCAAGAGUAAUCUGGCAUGGCCUGCGGUGGUGAUUGAUCCCAUCUCGCAAGCGCCUGAGUCUGUUCUCAGACAAUGUGUUCCUGGUGCGCUUUGUGUUAUGUUUUUUGGUUAUUCGAAUCAAAAGCAAAGGAACUAUUUGUGGGCGAAGCAAGGGAUGGUAUUACCCUUUUUGGAAUUCAUGGAUAGAUUUCAGGGGCAGACCCGAAUAUAUAAGAGCCGACAUAGCGAUUUUCACAAGGCAAUGGAGGAAGCGAUGUUAGCGAGCAGCGACAUCCUAGACCCACAUUUCCGAGCUCAGGAAAAUGUGGAGGGUGAGGGUUCCUGUGCUGGUCAGGAAUAUCAUUGCCAAGACCAGGAUAUAAUAUUUUGUUAUGGCUGUGGUUUGACUUUGCCAUGCAAAACCAUGGAGAAGAUUAAGGAUUCAAGCUGUGCUCCUCCGCAUUAUUGUAAACCUUGUGCAAUGCUACUUAAAUCAAAACAAUACUGUGGCGUUUGCAAAAAGGUUUGGCACCUUUUAGGCGCUGAUGAUUGGGUACGCUGCGACAGUUGUAAUGUUUGGGUGCAUGCUGAGUGUGAAAACAUUUCCAGAAAACUUUUCAAGGAUCUGAAAAAUACACAAUACCAUUGCCCAGACUGCAAGGGAAAGAAGGAACGUAAAUUAUCAGCAGCACAAACAAACGAAUCAAAAAUUAAGGACAGGUCAGUAGAGAAAAACCAAAAACCCGUGCUACCUGAAACGCUAGCGGUGGUGUGCAAUCACACGAAAGGAAUUUACUUUCCAAGGCUUCAUCAAGUUAUGUGUGAGUGUGGCUCGUGUGGGUCAAAGAAGCAGGCAUUGCCAGAAUGGGAACGACAUGUGGGUUGCAGAGCCAAAAAAUGGAGACUCAGUGUGAAAGUAGAAAGCACAAUGCAACCGCUAAUAAAUUGGAUCACGGAACUCAAUUCCCAAGCUGGAAUUCCCUCGCAGUUAGAUCAGAAACAGGUGCUUUCCUUUUUGCAAGAGAAGUAUGAGCCAGUUUAUGCCAAAUGGACAACAGAGAGAUGUGCGAUAUGCAGAUGGGUUGAAGAUGAAGACGUUAACAAUAUUAUCAUCUGUAACAGGUGCCAAAUUGCAGUCCACCAAGCGUGCUAUGGGGCAAGGCAGGUCCAAGAUUUUAGUUCAUGGGUUUGCAGAGUGUGUGAAACUCCUGAUGUAGAAAGAGAGUGUUGCCUCUGUCCAGUUAAAGGUGGUGCACUAAAGCCAACUGAUGUUGAGUUGCUGUGGGUUCAUGUAACAUGCGCUUGGUUUCGGCCUGAAGUUUCUUUCGAAGACGAAAACGCAAUGGAACCUGCUUCUGGAAUCCUUAAGAUUCCUCCUAAUUCCUUUUUGAAGACUUGCGUGAUUUGUAAACAAAGCCAUGGUUCCUGUACACGUUGUUGCAAGUGUGAGACAUAUUUUCAUGCGAUGUGUGCAUCAAGAAUGGGAUAUAGCAUGACUGUGCGUACUACAGUGAAGAAGGGAACUCAAAUAACAAAGAACUCAAUAUAUUGUGCAGUUCACAGGGUCCCAAAUCCAGAUUCAGGAGUGUUUAUGUAUCCACCCCUAAGGGCAAUCUCUCCAAGAACUUCGUUUCAAAAUCACAAGGGACGCAAUAGAGAAUCAAAGCUUAUUUCAUCAAAUAGUAUAGAACUCCUUGAACCUUCAGCUUCUGAAAGUUAUGAGGCCAAGUUACUAUCUGCUGCCAGGUGUCGUGUUUACAGAAAGUCUCCCAAUAAGAAGGACUGUACGCCAAUAAUUCACUUGCUUGGGGGGCCAAACAUUCAUUCUUUAAGUGCAAUAACUCAGUUAAACGGCAGCACGGAUGUUGCUGAAGUAUUUUCUUCAUUUAAGGAACGCCUUCACCACUUACAGAAAACGGAAAAUUAUAGAGUUUGCCUUGGAAAAUCAGCUAUUCAAGGGUGGGGCCUCUUUGCUCGUAGAGAUUUGCAAGAAGGGGACAUGGUUGCUGAGUAUCGUGGUGAGCAAAUAAGGGGUAAUCUUCAGGAUUCAAGGGAAGCAAGACACCGGUUAGAAGGCAAAGAUUGUUAUCUGUUCAAGAUAAGUAAAGAAGUGGUAAUAGAUGCAACAAACAAGGGAAACAUUUCACGUAUUAUAAACCAUUCUUGCAUGCCAAACUGCUUUGCAAGGAUUAUGAGUUUGAGCGAUCAGGAGAGCGUGAUUGUUCUUAUUGCCAAAACCAAUGUUUCUGCUGGUGAAGAACUAACAUAUGACUACUUGUUUAAUAAAGACGAGCCGGAAGAACAAAAGGUUCCCUGUCGCUGCAGAACCCCAAAAUGUAGAAAAUUUAUAAACUAG